CUCACUGCGCCUGGGGAAUUGGGCUGUGGGCGCGGCGGCCCCGGCUGGCCUUUAUCGCUCCCUGGGUUCGUCUUUUGAAACUUUAUCAGGGAGUCUCACCACUCGACGCAGACGCGAGCGGGGGGCGGGGGCGAGGCGCCGGCAGCCGUGACGAGGCGCUCCGGCGCUGAGCGCUUCUGCUCCGGGCACGCAUGGCGCCCGCACACGGAGUCUGACCUGAUGCGGAGUCAAGGGGGUUAAUAUGAAAGCCCCUCUCGGUGGAAUCUGGUUCUGGCUCCCUCUGCUCUUGACCUGCCUCAUCCCUGAGGUCAGCUCUUCAUGGUGGUACAUGAGAGCUACUGGUGGCUCCUCCAGGGUGAUGUGUGACAAUGUGCCAGGCCUGGUGAGCCGCCAGCGGCAGCUGUGCCACCGACACCCAGACGUGAUGCGUGCCAUUGGCCUGGGAGUGGCUGAGUGGACAGCAGAGUGCCAGCACCAGUUCCGCCAGCAUCGCUGGAACUGCAACACCCUGGACAGGGACCACAGCCUCUUUGGCAGGGUCCUGCUCCGAAGUAGUCGGGAAUCUGCCUUUGUUUACGCCAUCUCCUCAGCUGGAGUUGUAUUUGCCAUCACCAGGGCCUGUAGCCAAGGAGAAUUAAAAUCCUGUUCCUGUGAUCCAAAAAAGAAAGGAACUGCCAAGGACAGCAAGGGCAUCUUCGACUGGGGUGGCUGCAGUGAUAACAUUGACUAUGGGAUCAAAUUUGCCCGUGCAUUUGUGGAUGCCAAGGAAAGGAAGGGGAAGGAUGCCAGAGCCCUGAUGAAUCUCCACAACAACAGAGCUGGCAGGAAGGCUGUAAAGCGGUUCUUGAAACAAGAGUGCAAGUGUCAUGGCGUGAGCGGCUCAUGUACUCUGCGGACAUGUUGGCUGGCCAUGGCCGACUUCAGAAAAACGGGUGAUUAUCUCUGGAGGAAGUACAAUGGGGCCAUCCAGGUUGUGAUGAACCAGGAUGGCACUGGUUUCACUGUGGCUAAUAAGAGGUUUAAGAAACCAACGAAAAAUGACCUUGUGUAUUUUGAGAAUUCUCCAGACUACUGUAUCAGGGACCGAGAGUCAGGCUCCCUGGGUACAGCAGGCCGUGUGUGCAACCUGACUUCCCGAGGCAUGGACAGCUGUGAAGUCAUGUGCUGCGGUAGAGGUUACGACACCUCCCGCAUCACCCGGAUGACCAAGUGUGAGUGUAAAUUCCACUGGUGCUGUGCCGUGCACUGUCAGGACUGCCUGGAGGCCCUGGACGUGCACACAUGCAAGGCCCCCAAGAAUGCCGACUGGACAACCCCUACAUGACUCCAGCAGAUCACCGUCCACCUUCCCUCCUGCAAGGACACCAUUGGAUCUGCAGACACUGGACCUCUGGGUUCCCUCUGGGGGGAUAUUUCUGAAGGCAUGUGGCCUUUGUCUCAGCAGAAGCCCCUUCGUCCUUGGAGUUCUCUUUUGAAAUAGCAUGACAGGCUGUUAGAGAGGGAGGGCAAUGGAUCCAGACCACUGUCACACAGACUUUUUCACUUUCUAGAGCAAUUGGCCGGGGAGGAAAAAAAUAAACAACAACAACAAAAAAAGAACAUCUCAAAGGAGUUUUCUCUGUGUCCUCCAACAAAUGCUCACAGUUAAGGAAUCCCAUACUUCCCUCUGGGGCAUAAAUAAUGCAGAAUCAACUGUCACCAGAUUAACUUUAAUUGUUAAAAAGACCAAGCAAGGCUUUUUGUCUGAUCGAAUGAUGUCCACAGCCACCAUCUCAUAGCUAAUUGGUAAUUGCUUAGAGAAAAACAGCUUCAAUAAACUUCACAUUUAAGAUGCAUAUUUUUUCAAUGCAUUUGUUGCCAUAUUAAAUUUUGAUGUAAUAAAAUGGGAAUGUGUGUCCUUUG